AUGGAAAAUCUGUCGGAUGAUUUACUGAUGGAGAUAUGGAGUCGUGUGCCAUACAAGAUGACAGUGAGAUGCAAAUCCGUCUCGAAGCGCUUCUCAGCUUUCAUCUCCCGCCCUGAGUUCAUGUCGCGGUCCAUCUCUCACUACCACACCCUGCUCCAACACAUGAACCAGGAGCAGCAUCACAAAGAAUGGUGCUUGAACUUUGUGUCCAAGCGUAACCUUCUCAUCGUGUUCCUCCCCAAACUUCACCUACUCAAUCCUCAAAGCCAAAACCAACUUUCCUUGAGUUUUCUCGGCAGAAAAUUCGACCCAAAACUUGAUGAUGAAAGGAAAAAAAGUGCCCUGUAUUCAAGGAUUGUAGGCUAUUCCAAUGGUUUGCUCCUAUGCAAGAAAACAUCGCGUGGGAGAGUCUACCAUGUCACCAACCCUAUGACAAGGGAAUGGACCAAACUCCCUCUUCCUCCUCCACCGCUCACCGGUCACAACCAACGUGACUGUGUCUUUGAAGGGUUUGUGUGUGAACCUUUUUACCAGGUCGAAGCAAACAAUGUCGUCACUCUCAACAGCCACAACAGGUUCAGAGUAGUUCGUUUUCCGUGGUUGAAUGAUAGGGUGUUUUCUCAUACACCAAAGUUCGAGUUUGAAAUGGUGGUUUUCUCAUCUGAAACAGGGCAAUGGUGUAGAAAAACUGUAUCUUGCCCAAAGGGUUUUGUACAAACUGACAUUUUGAUCCAUGCAGUUGCACAUAGAGGGAGAUUGUAUUUCAUGGGGAGGAUGGAUCUUCUGGUGUACGACCCUUUCAACAAUGAUGCCCAUCAGUGCUGUCACACCAUUGAUUAUCCUAUUCAUUCUCCAUAUCCAAGAGAUCUUCCUUUUACGGGCCAUGUUGGGGUGUCCUGUGGAAACAUUCGAAUUGCUAAUAUCUCUUGCUCAUUUGACCCCCAUGUGUUAAAUACUAUGACUGUGUGGGAACUGGAAUAUCAAGAUGACUCUAGCUGCUGCUGCUGGCAUUUGGUGCACAAGACUUUCAUUCCUGGCCAAGAUAGGAGAAGUUGUAUCAGACCUGAGUUUGAAACAAGGCGAGAAUGUGAGACGGUUGAUCUGGGGAUGCAGGUGAGAGCUUUCCAUCCACAUCAUGGAGAUGUUGUGUUCUUCCAACGUUCUCACAGCAUAUUUUGUGGAAACUUGAGGACUAACCAGUUUGACACUGUCGGAUAUGGGAUUCAUGGGUUCCAGGUGUUGCAGAUCAUUUCAAUUGAUCUUCCAGGUUGGCCAGCUCCUGUUCCAUCUAUAACAUAA